AUGUCAGAACCGGAGAAUUGGGCUAACGCUGAAGACGAUGACAAUGAUCCAGACUACGAACCACCCGCUGAAAUGGAAAACGGCCAUAUUACGUCUGAUGCUGAUGAUACAGUUACUUCAGAUGAAGAGGAGUUUCCUCCGAUACCUCUGGAAGGUGACUUCGAUACAGACUUACCUACAUCUCACAGGUAUUUAGGGAGAUUAGACAACGUUCGAGGCUACACUCUUUACGAUGACGGACAAAUAAUAAGCAUUUGGGCGAUAUACACUUCUACAAUGGUAUUCCCCGGAUUUACCUUACCUUUAGUGAUAAAUACUUACAUGGAAAAUUCGAUACUCCCGCAGUUGCUCGAAAAAAACAACGUGUUUGUCUUGCUUUGUGCUAAUACUACUUUCAACGGCAUCUUCAAUUACGGCGUAACGAUGGAGGUGUUCGAAACGCAACAAAGGGACAAUCUGUUGAGCAUCAAAGCCAGAGGUAGGCAACGGUGUAAAUUAGUGCCGGGCACUGAAAUUCGCAACCUGACCGGCAGACUGAAGCACGUGACAGUGAAAAUCAUUGCCGAACCAGAAAUAAUGUCUCCUUUAUGUGAUACGCAAUUGAUACAUUUGAAACAGAAAAGACUGUUUACGUCUACCUUGUAUAGUGAUUUAAUGAAGAAUUAUAAAUAUAGAAGGUACCAUUUAGCACAAUAUCCCUUGGCUUCUUGGGUGUACGAUAAAUACGAGACGAGUUAUUACGUGAAAUUAAUACUGGAAAGUCUCGCGCAUUAUGUUGGAGAGUAUAUACCGGAAGAUCCGAUUAAAUUGAGCUACUGGUUCGUUCAGAACUACCAAUUGAGCCACGAGGAACGUUUGCACAUACUCAAACUGAAUUCCGCUUUGGAACGGUUGAAGCUCGAGUACAAGUACUUGAAAUUGGAAAGGAGUAUGUGUUGCAAUGGCUGUGGCAUACAAAUCACUGAUCCCAGUAAAGUAUUCGCAAUGUCAAAGGACGGCAUACAAAGCAACUACGUAAAUCCAGGCGGGCACGUUUAUGAAACCGUGACAGUCAUGACCGCGCAAAAUUUUAGAUUGGACGGAGAUCCUUCGAAGCAAUUUUCUUGGUUUCCUGGUUACGCGUGGACGAUAAUGCAGUGCAAAAAUUGCCACAAUCAUUUGGGUUGGCAGUUUACGAGCAAUACGUUGAGGCCUCGGUGUUUUUACGGUUUGGCGAAAGUCGGUUUCAAAAUCGUGAUACAGAAGGAUUCCGAUUUCGAAUUAGGGGAAUAUUAUGUCUAA